CUAGUGAUGGAUUUCUCCACUAUUUCUAUCAUCUCAUCUCAUCUCACCAAGAGUCUCGGCGCAUCAUUUAGCCCGCCAAGCUGGACGAUGGCUCGCGCCGAGAGAAGCUUAGAAAAAGCUUGAGUUUGUUUCUCAUCAACAACCAGAUCUUCAAAUCUGCAGUACACAGAGCGAGUGCUCAGUAUGUCACGAUGAUUCCAAACAACUCAAUGCUGCUGCCUAAAACAGGCCAGGCAGCAAUGCGAUAUCCCUUCAUUAAUUUCAUCGCUGGCAAUUUGGGAAAUAUCACCGUUGCGGCACAGCAUCGUUCCUGCCCCUCCGUCGUACCGCUAAGACGCACUUUAUUCCGAGUAACCGCGUUAGAUUACAGCGUUUCCUCUUUCGGGAACGAGAUAUAACAUUGACUGAUUUCCUCUUUCUUCUCUUUUUCCCCAUCGUCAUUUUUGCGCAUCAAUUGGGAUCAUUGAGGACUUGCGACAAUGUACACGACCACAAUUCUCGGACUCGCGGUCCUAGCCGGUACAGCAACAGCGAAUGUCUACGAAGCCGCUCUCGCCGCGCGCCAAACAUCGUCCGACGAAACUGCAUACCUGGACUCAGUCUGCCUCCCCAACGUCACCUCCCCCGUCGUUCCCCCCUGCCAAGAAAUCACCAACAUCGAAUCCGCUUGCCUCCCCAACGGCACGUCGUCCCUCGACCUUCUCGCACACGCAGAGUGCAUGUGCGGCGGCUCCUACUUCAGCGACUGGCUCGGCUGCCUGAACUGCGAUUUCGUGCACAGCGGCCGCUCACCCGCCGUUACGUCUGCGUUCCACACGAUAUUGAGCGAGGCGAGCACCGAGCUGUGUACCGGGACCCCGACGGCGAGCUUUCAGGCGAUCUUUAGCAGUUUGCAGUAUAAUGUUGCGGCGAAUGGAAGUGCGACGGAUACGACAGAUUUGUAUCCCAGUCAGACGGCCGUGAGUUUGUAUUUUACGCCUAGUGGGGUGCAAGGUCCUGGGGCGAUUACGGGGAGUGCGACGCUAGCGACGAAGACGGGGAGUGUGGCGGGUAUUACGACGGCUACGGGGACGGCGGUGUCGAGUCAGAAAAGUAGUGGAAGUGGAAGUAGUGCGAGUGCGGGAUCUGGUGGGAGCUCGAGUAGUACGAGUUCGAGUAAGGCUGGUGCUGCGCCGACGGGGGUCUGGAUGAGUGGUUUGGGUAUUGCGGCGGGAGUUGUGGGGAUGGUUGUUUUGUGAUGAAAUGAGAGUAACUAGUGAGAGAGGAUA